CGGCGCGCGCAACCAUACUGUGAGCACGCGCCUGCUGUAAAACACGAAGCUGCUUCGACGGGGGAUCCGCAGCAGGAGCGAGAGAGCGGGCUGGUGUUGAUAAGUGUGUGUGCGGUGCUCGCUUAGCCCUUUGGCCUCUCACGAAGUGAUGUAUCACUGAAGACGAGCGAGUUCGCAAGACGGCGAUCUCAGGAGUAGCUUGCAGGAUGCUAAUAUGAGGCUCUCGGUGCCUAGCGCGGCGACGCAACGCGUGGUCGAGUAGAGCGAGAGAGGUGGAGAAGGGAAGAGAGAGAGAGAGAGGGGCAGAGACAGAGAAAGAGAGAGAGAGGGGCAGAGACAGAGAGAGAGAGAGAGAGCAAUAUAGAUAAAGAGCGGGAGAUACGACAAUGGCUCGUGCGCUGUUCCCGUUCACAGCCAACACACGUUCAUUCCAGUUUAUCUCGCCGUACACCGGGAGGCAGGAUCAUUGUGAACAUAUCUGAACGGUCGGGAUGAACGUACUCGGCCUUCUACUGCUGGCGGUUCUACACGGCUCGUUCGGAAAUCCUGAUGCUAAGCGCUUGUACGACGAUCUCCUGAGUGGAUACAACCGUCUGACGAGACCCGUGCCCAACCACACCUCCUGCGUCGCCGUCAAGCUAGGACUAAAGCUGACGCAACUCAUCGAUGUGGACGAGAAAAACCAAAUCAUGAAGACUAACGUGUGGCUUCGACAAGAAUGGGUGGAUUACAAGCUGGCGUGGAACCCGCUCGAAUACGGUGGCGUCGAUGUGCUAUACGUGCCGUCGCAGCUUAUUUGGGUUCCGGAUCUAGUUCUUUACAACAAUGCCGACGGCAACUACCAGGUGACGCUGAUGACGAAGGCGACGAUCUAUCCGAGCGGUCUCGUCGUCUGGGAGCCGCCGGCGAUCUAUAAGAGCUUCUGUCCGAUCAACGUCGAGUUCUUCCCGUUCGACAAGCAGGAGUGUCACAUGAAGUUCGGCUCGUGGACGUACAACGGCUGGCUGGUCGAUCUCAGUCACCUGGGACUCGAGAACGAGACUCGCGAGGCGCAGAGGGUCGUCAGUGCCGACUGCCAGGCGUCGCAGGGCGGCGGCGGCGACGGCGGCGGCGAGCAGACGGUAACCAAGGCCGACGCAAUCAACCUGGACGAGUUCUAUCCAAGCGUCGAGUGGGAUGUACUGGAAGUGCCGGCCGUCAAGUCGAACAUUGUCUACCCGUGCUGCCCGGAGCCGUUUAUCGACAUCACGUUUUACCUGCAUCUGCGCCGCAAGACGCUCUUCUACUCCGUCAAUCUGAUCAUCCCGUGCGUGUCGCUUUCGUUCCUCACCGUCUGCACGUUCUACCUGCCGUCGGACAGCGGCGAGAAGAUCUCGCUGAGCAUCUCGAUUCUCGUCAGCUUGACCGUCUUCUUCCUGCUGCUGUCGGAGACGAUACCGCCGACGUCGCUCGUCGUGCCGCUCAUCGGCAAGUACCUGCUCUUCACGAUGAUACUCGUCACGCUGUCCGUCUGCGUGACGGUGUACGUGCUCAACGUGCACUACCGCUCGCCAGUCACGCACACGAUGGCGCCCUGGGUGCGGCGGGUCUUCAUCCAGCUGCUGCCGCGCCUGCUGCUCAUGCGGCGGCCGCAGUUUGAAAAGGACAAGACGUACUUGUCGGUGAAGGAGUGCAGCAAGCGCUUCAGCGGACUGUUCAGCGACGAUGCGGCCGUGCAGCGCUGCGGCGACAUCGACUCGCCUUACUCGCCCGAGAUCCGCAAGGCAAUGGGCGGCGUCAUCUACAUAGCAGAGCAUCUGCAGCGGGAGGACGAAGUGCGCUCGGUGCGCGAAGACUGGAAGUACGUUGCCAUGACGCUGGACAGACUCUUCCUCUACUGCUUCUCCAUUGCCUGCUUCGUCGGCAGCUGUGGCAUUAUCCUACAGGCGGACACAUUCUUCGACACUCGUGAACCGUUGGCGUAGCCUCCAGGGGGCGCUGGCCGCCGGCGUAGCCUCUAUAGAGGGCGCUGUCGCGAGCAGCCGAGCAUUAAUAGUGCGGCAC